AAACCGCCAUAUUCUUACGUCGCCCUCAUCGCAAUGGCCAUCAAAGAAUCAACAGAAAAACGUUUAACUUUGUCGGGGAUUUAUAAUUUUAUAGUAGGAAAAUUUCCUUAUUAUGAAAAAAAUAAAAAAGGCUGGCAGAAUUCAAUCCGACAUAAUCUCAGUUUAAAUGAAUGUUUUGUAAAAGUUCCAAGAGAAGGGGGAGGUGAACGGAAGGGAAAUUAUUGGACUGUGGAUCCAGCGUUUGAAGAUAUGUUUGAAAAGGGAAAUUAU